AAGUUCUUCUAUGAUCCAACAGUUUUGCCGAAUAAUUGGUGAAACCAGUUGAGAUAAUCCAGGGGUCUGUUGGGCUCGUAAUCUAUCAGCUCGAGAUGAAAACGGACACGAGCUUCAGAAACGGAAGGAAACCUCUGCGGCUCUGCCACUAGCUUCUUCUCACUGCCUGGCCGGCGGCACCCCACCGACAGCAGAAAAUCCGCUCGCCGGCAGGAGGGGCCCCGCGUGCGCUCGGCCUCACGUGUCAGGAGCUUCCCGCGGGGUGGAAGGUCUCUCGCGCUGGCGCGGCUGUUCGCUGUUCGUGCGGGCGCGGCGGAUCCGGUGGGGCCGCGUUUCCACUGGGCUGCUACUGUAGCGGCAGCAGCAGCGAGGCGAGCGGCACUCAUCACCAAGGAGGAGUCCGAGAACUCGCCAUAAUUCCUAGCCACUGUGCUGCUGUAGCACAACUCCACCCUCCUGUUCCUCUUCCUCCUCCUCCUCCUCGCCGCCGUCGAGUGCCCGGAAAGAUUUGAUCUUUUUGGGCUCCGGUGGCCAAAGCUUGGUUGGAUUCUACUUUCCGGUAGGGCUCGUGGAGGGAGUUGUUGCAGGGGCGGAUGCCGCCCUGAUGUAGAUUUUCUCUCCGCUUUGCCCGGUGCUAACGUCUCUCGCGGAGUCGCAGUUGCAACCGUUCCGGUGUUCCACGAUCUGCCAGUUGGAAGCCAUGGGCAUGGACGGAAGAGGUUUCUUGGGCGGACAGUGAUCACAUUUGGUGGCGGUGGAGGAGGAGGCCAUGAAGGAGACGGGCGAGGAGAGGUGCCUUGACCCGCAGCUAUGGCACGCGUGCGCCGGCGGCAUGGUGCAGAUGCCCCCCGUGCGGUCCCGCGUGUACUACUUCCCGCAGGGCCACGCGGAGCACGCGCACGGCGGCGGGGCGGACCUCGCCGCGGCAGCCGGGCCGCGCGCGCUCCCGGCGCUCGUGCUCUGCUCCGUGGCGGGGGUGCGGUUCUUGGCUGAUCCGGAAACCGACGAGGUGUUUGCCAAGAUCCGGCUGGUGCCGGUCGCACCCGGCGAGGUUGAGUUCCAGGAGCCCGAUGAGCUCGUAGGCGACCCCGCGGACGCCCGGGAGAAGCUGGCCUCCUUCGCCAAGACGCUUACGCAGUCCGACGCCAACAACGGCGGCGGGUUCUCGGUGCCGCGCUACUGCGCGGAGACCAUCUUCCCCAAGCUUGACUACCGGGCCGACCCGCCGGUGCAGACGGUGCUCGCCAAGGACGUGCACGGGGAGGUGUGGAAGUUCCGGCACAUUUACCGGGGCACACCGCGCCGGCAUUUGCUCACCACGGGGUGGAGCACGUUCGUCAACCAGAAGAAGCUCGUCGCUGGGGAUUCCAUCGUGUUCUUGCGCACAGAGCAUGACGAGCUGUGUGUCGGGAUACGGCGUGCAAAGCGGGUGUCUUGUGGUGGCAUGGAGUGCAUGUCAGGGUGGAACGCUCCUGGGUAUGGGGGGUUCUCGGCGUUCUUGAAGGAAGAGGAGAGUAAACUUAUGAAGGGUCCUAGUGGGUACACGAGGGGCAGGGGGAAGGUGAAGAUUGCAGAUGUCAUGGAUGCGGCAAGCCUAGCGGCAAGUGGGCAGUCAUUUGAGGUGGUGUACUACCCCAGAGCUAGCACGCCAGAAUUUGUUGUGAAGGCUGCAUCGGUUCAGAAUGCGAUGAGGAUCCAGUGGUGCCCUGGGAUGAGGUUCAAGAUGGCGUUUGAGACGGAGGAUUCGUCAAGGAUUAGCUGGUUUAUGGGGACAAUAUCUUCUGUUCAGAUUGCUGAUCCGAUCCGAUGGACGAAUUCACCGUGGAGGCUUCUUCAGGUGGCGUGGGAUGAACCAGACUUGUUGCAGAAUGUGAAAUGUGUUAACCCAUGGCUCGUGGAGCUCAUAUCAAGCAUUCCACCGAUUCAUCUGGGAGCAUUUUCUCCACCUAGAAAGAAGUUGCGGGUGCCCCAACAUCCUGACUUUCCAUUUGAUGGUCAGCUGUUGAAUCCAAUAUUCCACGGCAACCCACUUGGUCCUAGCAACAGCCCCAUAUGCUGUUUCCCGGACAAUGCUCCUGCAGGCAUACAGGGAGCCAGGCAUGCUCAAUUUGGUUUACCCCUAACAGACCACCAGCUUAACAAGCUGCACCGUGGUCUGUUCCAAGGCGGUGGUUUUAACCGUCUUGACGCUAUCACUCCGCCUUCGCGGAUAUCCAAGGGUUUCGUAAUCACCAGUGCACCAGUCCAUGAGAGUGUCUCUUGCUUAUUGACAAUUGGCACAUCACAGAGCGCAGACAAAUCUGAUGACAGAAAGAAACCCCAUAUAAUGCUGUUUGGAAAGCCUAUUCUUACGGAGCAGCAGAUGAAUUCCAGAGCAUCAAGCGAAACGUUCUCCCCAGAGGCUACUGGAAACAGUUCAUCUUCUGGCAAUGUGCAGAAGAGAGCAAAUGUAUCUUAUGGUUCUGGAUCAUCGAUUUGCAUUGGUUUCUCGUCUCAAGCUUCUGAGCUUGGGUUAGAAGCCGGGCACUGCAAGGUAUUUAUGGAAUCUGAGGAUGUUGGUCGCACCAUCGAUCUGUCUGUCUUUGGGUCAUACGAAGAGUUGUAUGGUCAGCUAGCUGACAUGUUCGGAAUCGAGAAAGCGGAACUAAUAAGCCAUCUUCGUUACCGUGAUGCAGCAGGUGCUGUCAAGCAUACUGGUGAAGAACCAUUCAGUGACUUCAUGAAAGUAGCACGGAGGCUCACCAUAAUAGAAGGCAGCGGGGGGAGGCUGCAGAAACCUCUCAUGGAAUGUAUGGUUGAGCGGGCUUGAGUGCAUGACCUUUCAAGGAAUGCUAAUCUGAAGCUUGUGGAAGACUAAGCUUAGAAUGAAGGAAUUGCUACAUUUUCAUUUGUGUUCGUUUGCCGUGAAGCAGACCCGCCAUGUUUGUUUGGAAUUGUGGAAAGCCUCAGUAAGGGUUUUCUUCAACUGUUUACUAAACUUGUUCAUCAGAUACUUUGUUGUGAUCUGUUGUGAUGUACUCGAGUGGAAGUUGAUAAAUAACUUCUUCGAUGAAUUAGCCUGAAAUAAAGUUUGAGUUGUGUUA